CCUUCUUGUCUGCUCUUCAAGGCUUUGGGGGAUCGAUAUAAGGCACAAUUGAGGGUCAAUGCAAACACUACAGGGGAACUCAUCGAAGUCGGAAAUUAUAUAACAAAAUGGAAUAAGUGGGACGAAUACAAAGUUGCACUUUCCGUUGGAAUGUACAGUAUAAUAUUCGAGGCACAAAACGAUUCGAUCAGGAUAGAUGAUGUCCGGCUUAAAAGUGGGGCAUGUAACUAUAAUUGUGCCAACGACGAAUACUCUUGCAUGGAGAAUGAUGCUUACGGCAACACCCUAUUGCAAUGCAUCUCAAACACAACAGUUUGUGAUAAAGCGUUUGACUGUGGAAGUGGAUUUGACGAACUGAGUGAUGACUGUGAAAAUAGCAUUUCAUGCGACUUUGAAAAUGCGGAUAACCCAUCUUGCGGGUAUGAUUUGGGGAACGGAAUUGAUGUGCAUACUAUUGGAAAAGAUAGAACGGUUUUGAUAUAUGACUACACUGUGACUGACUCCACCUUUAUUCAAAUGGGAAUUUGGAAUCUGUCGAGCACACGCUGUGGAAUCAAUAUGAGCGUUAUAACAAAUAGCGUAGACAGCGUCGACUCAGAGGACAGAUAUGCAUAUUUUCGUAUCCAAUUGCACGGCACAGAUUCUGUGGUUUACACCUUCGGAUCUUAUUUGGACUUAUCAGUAGAUAAUUCUUGGUAUUCGUUUAUAACAGAAAGCGAUAGUCUUUUCAAACUUGGUGAUCAGGACAUACCGGAGGUACCUGAUGGCCUGUAUUUUGUGACACUACAGAUGUAUGCUAAUGGCGUUAUAAUUGGGAUUGAUGAUGUUUCACAGCUAGAUUGUACAGGUGUAGAGAUCACAACAGGCCGGACUACAACUCCAAGUACUGAAGACACUUCCGAUACAGUCGAUGGCUAUACCACUUUGUCCAUUACUAGCUCAAACACAUCUCCUGCGGUAUUAGAUGACAUUACGCUGGUUUGUCAGGCUAGAAAUAUAUCGGACAUGAAUGUAAUAUUUCACUGGUACACAAACGGAAGCCAACUAGCUAGAAAUUCGGACGUAUUGCAACAAAAGAAAAUUUCAUAUUCCGAAGACAUCACCUAUUUAAAAUACAGCGCCUUGAUAUAUACGCAAACGGAAUUGAAUUCAACACAAUCAAGCCUUGUUAUUCGAAGGGUGAACCAUAAGGAUAGCGGGACGUACCAUUGUGUUGUUGAAUUGGACGAGCAAAACACAUCUACUUCCAUAGAUGUGAAUGUUGAAGACGUUAACAUGGGUGUUGCAAAUGAUGACGGAUGUUACAGAACCACAAAUGCCCAAUGCUUUGAAAGGGGUUACAAAAAUAUCAGUUAUCAAGGUGCAUACGGCGUUCUUGAUGAAGCAAAGGCGUUAAUAUACCUCGAACAAACUCAGAAACACCUAUCUGAUAUGGAUAAUUCCUUACCAGCACAUUGUUUCGACGCUCUCCAAAGCCUUGUGUGCGGGCUGUUUACGCCGAAAUGUAAUGGCGGAAAUCCAGUACAUAUUUGUCAGGAAGAUUGUGAAGACAUUGUCAACAAAUGUGACAAGAACUCUUUAAUUUUGCAAUACGGAUGCCAAUUCCUGUCUAGUAUGCUGAAGGACGAAACUUGCAGUCGCCUAGCCUACAACAAUGUGAACAGAACCCUUCAACAGUCGUCGGGGACAAUUAUAUCAUCUGGAUAUCCGUUGGCCAUAACUGCAAAUCAAGACAUCGUCUGGAAUGUAUUGGUAGAAAAAGGGCACUACAUGGAAUUUGAAAUUAUUGAGUUUGCGGCUUCGUCUUUUGGCACUGAUCCGUGUUUUCUAAAGAUUUACGAAGGAGGCGAAGAAAGCAGUGGUUUACAAUUGCCUUGUGAACAGAUCACGGAAUCAAUUAUUUACAACUCAACAGGGCGGUUCGCACAUGUCCAUUUUAAGUCAGGAUUUUCUAUAACAGGCAAAGGGUUCUACAUAAGAUUUCGCAAGAUUCCUGUAAACCAUUGCCACGUUGUAAAUCUUGGAAUAAACGAUCAUUUGUCAUUUGCGGUAGAUGAUGAAAUUGACUGUAGGGACUUUAUUGUGUUACUACAUGCAGACAGUGUGUUAAGCAUUUACAUUGAGUACAUGGACAAUGGCUGUUUGAAUGUGUCAUCAGAAGACAUAACUUUAUAUGAAUACUGUACAGAUAUUCCACACAAGAAAGACUUAUUGAUUAAGAACCAUACAGAGGUGCGAAUCCAGUUAACGGAAAAAACAGACGUUCGGUUUAAGCUCCAAUCGGUACUAACUGAACCAAAGGUAGAUGACAUAUCGUUGGACAACAUGGGCAGAAUUAUCGUUGCAAGUGAAGAAAGGGUUGGUGUGUUAUGUGGGGAGAUCCCGCAAACAACCGCUAACGUGCUGUGUAGAUCAUUCGGCUUAGGGUGGCCUGGAACAGUUGAAUCUCUGUCGGAGUCAUCAGACAGUUUACAGAAACAUGUUAACAGUAUAGAGUGCCUUGGACAUGAAGCUCAUGUGAAAGACUGUAUCAUUAAAGUUGCUGAUAUUGGCCAGACAUGUGAUAUUGAAAACACAUAUGUUGUGCAAUGCAGAGCAGCAUCACUUGCCUGUGAUUUUACAGUAAACACCUGUGGUUAUGAUAUGGAUUUAUACAAUUUUGACCGGUCAGAUACAUAUGGAAUAUUUUUUAAAAUUGAAAAUUUGCUGACUCGUUCAGCGUUUGGGAAACUACAGUCCGCUCCAUUUGUAGCAUCCGACGAUCUGUUUUUGCGCCUUGAAUACAUAAUAGGAGGACACUUAAUUGACAUCAGCAUAAUGUUGGAAUAUAUGGAUACAAAAACCGAACCUGUAGCUACUCAUGCUUGGACAUCUUCAUCAUUACUCAUGGCUGGAAAAUAUAAAGACUGCGUUGCCUUAACUUCAACGAACAAUAAAUGGGUACGUCUUGUUGUGGUAUUUAAAAGCAAAGGUGUCAUGCAGAAUUCUCCGACGGGAUUACAAACAAUUGACGUUUCAUUUGAACCUUGUCCAGCAAAUGAGCCGUUUGAUGUUCAAUGUGAUUUUGAAAAUCUUGAAGCUUGCGAAAACCUCCUGACACUAUCCUCACCACGAUGUCCAUCAGCCAUAUUGUACCCAGGAAGACAUAGUUUUAUAUCUGAUGGCAAAAUGGCCAGACAAGUGCCCUGGAACACAGAUGCAUUGUCUUUGGCAGAUGGUCACUUCCUACAGAUCAAUAACGGCGCGGAUAUAGUCUUUGUCAAUGGCAUCAACACAAAUCGCUACCGGUACUUGAGCUUUUAUUCCAGAAUCAACAACGGAAUGGGAUCUUACACUAACACGGUAGAAAUGAGCUUACGCAUCCAAACCAAUAAUGUUAUUCUAAAAGAGGUUUACGCUGAACAAGACAAAUGGACCCACGUUUGUGUUGAUCUGGAUUCAAUUGGUUCUGAUAUUUCUAUAAGGCUUGGCAUCGAUACUGGAAAUACUGAACUACCAGAAGCGUACGCGGACUUGGACAACAUUAUUCGUUCAAAUCACUCAUGCGAUGAUAUCUUAUGCGGGUUUGAAUCCAGCUGUUUAAAGUAUUUCAAAGAUGCUAAAAAUCCGUCGCAGAGCGCGUUACAAUGGAAUAUUUAUUCAAUGGAAGCAUUUCCUUUAAAAGGUAAUGUAUUUGGUGUUUCAAUGACGGUAGGGGAAGAAGGCGAAAGUGUCAUGCUGGAAAUAGACGAUACAUUCUAUAAAAACAUAGUACCGAAAUGCAUAAAGUUCCAGUAUUACGUUUCGGGAUCUAACAGUUUGGCUGUUAGGUUUUCAGGAGAAAGCUCUCGCACAGUUUAUGUAAAAAACAAUACGUUUACUCAAGAGUGGCUAAAUAUGGAACUUAGUGUCGAUGCUGGAACCCAAAAUAUUGCAUUUAAAGCAAUUAAAGGUGUGAGCGGAGGUUUUGUUGCUAUUGAUGAUGUUGCAGUUGAAAAACAACAUUGUCAAACGGAAGGACUUCAACCUGAAAGACCCGUUUGCACGUUUUCCGAUCCAUUGUUUUGUGAUUUGCAUUUCCAAGAAUCCUCUAGUUUUCCUUGGAUAAGAUUAAGGGCAGAUGAUGGAAAUAGCAAAGUGUUGUAUGAUGCAGGCGGAACAAGUACCGGACACUUUAUGCAGUUGUUUGGUGAUUCGCUUACGGAUACAAUUGCAACUUUUAGAAUAACAGUGACAGGAAAAGCUGCUUUCUACAGCUUUAACUAUAAAACCUCAUCUUCAGGCGUGAGAUUAUCCGCAGGAAAUAAUAUGAAUUUUAUGACAGAUAUAACUGUGAAUAUUGUUGAUGAGUGGCAGACGUCCCCUUGUCUUGACUUACAUUUGAAUAACAGUAAUACAAAUUAUAUUUUUGUUCAGGCAACGCUUUCUUUCAAUGAAUAUGUAGCAGUAGACAACAUAAUACUUCAUGAUGAAUGCCUUGAAAGUUUAAACUCGAUAUCGUGUGAAUUUACACGGAAGAAACUUUGUGGGUUCAAAAGCAUUGCAAAUGCAUGGACGUAUGAAUCAUCUGGUAUCAUUGCAUAUGGUGAUGCUGUUUUGAAGGCCCCUAUUAUUCAAUCAACAGGUGUCAAAUGUCUACGGUUUGACUACGCUAUUCAUACUACAAACUCUCUAGAAGAGCAGCCAGUGUUAAGUAUAGUUAACAAUAAUGAACAAAUCUGGAGUCAAAAAGGAAGUUUAAAGAUAGACGAUGUUGUACAGCAUGGACAGGUUCAAGUUUCUGGAGAUAUAUUGCGUGUAGAGUUUCGGAGUCAUGGGAUUGGGCUUUUCUUUUUGAAAAGCGUCGAGUUGCUGGAAAGGGAAUGCAUUGAAAUAAUUGCGUGUGAUCAACAAUCGGACUUUGCAUGCAGCGACAGAUGCAUACCAUCGUCAAAACUAUGUGAUCGCACAGUGGAUUGUGUCCAAGAUGGCCUUGACGAAACCAAAGAACGAUGUGAAUUCUCUCAGCAGAUAUUAUUCAGUUCUGUUGGAAACAUAGAAAGAACGGGAUACAUGUCAAGCUUAAACUCAACAUGGUACCUUAAUGCUGGAACUUUGCAAACCACGUUUACAAGACUAACUUUGAAACCUUCAGUUUUGGAAUCAUUUGAAUAUCAUGUGAGGCAGAGAUCAUGUUUUACCAUGGCAUAUUUUGGGGACGUUUCUUCAAUUAAUGUAACCACGGAGUACCACAACCAAAAUACAGGAUCCUUCAUUUUUAAUGUUGUUCCAGGAACUGAUUUGAGACAUUUAGCUGUACCUAUAAGUGUUGGCAACGUGAGAGUGCGUAUAUAUGUCCAUAUGGUAAAGGUAACUCCGAGAAUAAUGUCAGCUCUACCAAACACGGCUUCAUUCGGAAUAAAUAGAAUUAGUAUGGAUGAAGGCGAAUGCCAUAACAUAGGACAUGAUUGCCCGUCAACUAUACCAUACCUGUGCUUAGAUGGAAGUUCAUGUUACACUGAGGAUCAACGUUGCAAUCUCAAUAAGGACUGCCUGGACAAUUCCGACGAAACGGAAAGCUGUGGGCAUGGAAUAACAUGCGAUUUUGAGAAGGUAGAUAUGUGUGGGUACACAAACGUGUCGUCACCGAGGGUACAUUGGGACGACCUCGACGUCGUUCGAUAUAUGCAAACACUUUGGCAACGACGAGCUAGCAAUCAAAUAACAAGACCUUCGUUCGAUCACACAUAUUCAGAAGUAGGCCGAGGACAUUUUAUGACAUCAAAGAAUCAUGAGGGCUUAAUGGAUGAAAUACGCUAUGUGGAUAUUGAGACCAUGGUAUCACCCGUCCAAACAUUUACCGAAGAUGGCUGCAUUACAUUUUGGUACUACUUAAACAGUACUAACCACCAACCAAAGUCAACAACAGCGCAGAUAUUUGUAUAUUUACUGUAUGAUGAUACACAAGAGGAGCAAUUGUUUUGGUAUGACCAUGUUAACAGACAUUUUACAAACUGGGUUCAGGGUGGCGUUCCCGUUGCAGCUAACAUAUCGGCUAGACUGAAAAUUACCGCAAGGACGUCCAUUUCCCAUGACACGUAUACAGGCGCAGUGUCCUUUGACGAUGUAGAAUACGUAGCAGGAGAGUGUAACAUAACUCGUAUAGAAUGUGACGCCGGCAUGAUACGUUGUUCUGACGCAGUGUGUGUACCUGACAAUUUACAAUGUGACGGUAACAAUGACUGUCAGAAUGGCGAAGAUGAGCGGCAUUGUGAUCGACCAAAUGGAGCAUUUAAGCUGCUAGGAGGGGAUGACAGCUAUGGGAAAGUCGGAUAUUUUUACAAUAAGAUCUGGAGACCAGUAUGCUAUCCUUCGGGACAGGCAGAACAAGAAAUGUUCUCACUGCAUACAGCUACCCAUAUUUGCCGGGAACUUGGAUUUAGAGGAAAUGCAGAAGCUUUCAGUGACCGGCUGUGGGAAGCGCACGUUACAACAACAAUAUCGCUUACGUGCAAUACAGACGGACAAUGUUCGACCUAUGUUGGCCAUGGCGAAUGUGAUAAAUACACGUAUUUAAGAUGCUCAAAUGAUGUAUGUUUCUCGGAUGAGAUAUUAUGUCCUGGAACAACGUCCAAGUGCAUCCCAAGGUCAAUGUUCUGUGAUGGCCACUCCGAUUGUCCCGAGUCCGGCGAUGAAAAAAACUGCUAUUGCGAAGGUCAAGCGAUAAACAAGACAUGCUCACUUUUCGAAACCGAAUGUAAAAACUGUGUAACCUGUGCCAGCGCCGGAGGAUAUGAAUGUCAAAACCACGAAUGUUUGCCUUUAUCUGCGAGAUGUGAUGCAAAACAAGAUUGUGCUGACGGCACGGACGAAUACAAAUGUGGUAUUGUUUAAACGCAAUCGCCAAAAUGAAUAUAAAAUUCAUUUUGAUAACCCAAUGUAAUCUGACUAGAUUUAUAACAAUAAUAUGAGGUUUAAUAGCUACAAUGAUAAUGGUUAUAUUAGUCGACCAAAUUGCAUCAUCAUCAUCAUCAUCAUCAUCAUCAUCAGCAUCA